AUGGUUGCUGUUGAACAAGUCUCUUCCAUGUUCGACACUAUUCUAGUGUUGGAUUUCGGUUCCCAAUAUUCUCAUCUAUUGACUAGAAGGCUAAGAGAGUACAAUGUCUACGCAGAAAUGUUACCAUGUACUCAAAAAAUCUCUGAGUUGGGCUGGAAGCCAAAGGGUGUCAUCUUAUCAGGUGGUCCGUACUCCGUUUACGAUGCUGAUGCUCCACAUGUCGACCAUGACGUCUUUGAAUUAGGCGUCCCAAUAUUAGGUAUUUGUUACGGUAUGCAAGAAUUAGCCUGGAUCAAUGGUAAACAAGUUGGUAGAGGUGAAAAGAGAGAAUACGGUCCAGCUACUUUAAAUGUAUUGAACCAUGCAUCUCCAUUGUUCAAAGAUGUUGACCAUUCCACCGUUUGGAUGUCCCAUGGUGAUAAAUUGAACAGUUUACCAACCGGUUUCGAAGUCAUUGCUACUUCCGACAACUCCCCAUACUGUGGUAUUGCCAAUGAAUCAAAAAAUAUCUAUGGUAUUCAAUUCCAUCCAGAAGUCACCCACUCUACGAAGGGUAAGACUAUGUUAAAGAAUUUUGCCGUCGACAUCUGUAAAGCUAAACAAAACUGGUCAAUGGAAAACUUCAUUGAUUCAGAAAUCAAAAGAAUUAGAGAAUUAGUAGGCCCAACUGCUGAGGUUAUCGGCGCCGUCUCAGGUGGUGUCGACUCCACAGUUGCCUCUAAACUUAUGACAGAAGCUAUUGGUGAUAGAUUCCAUGCUAUCUUAGUCGACAACGGUGUCUUAAGAUUGAAUGAAGCUGAAAACGUCAAGAAGACUUUGAUCGAUGGUUUAGGAAUUAACUUGACCGUCAUCGACGCUGCAGAUGAGUUCUUAGACAACUUAAAGGGUGUCACCGAUCCAGAAAAGAAGAGGAAGAUCAUUGGUAACACUUUCAUCCGUGUCUUUGAAAGAGAGGCUGAAAAGAUUAAACCAAAGGACGGUAGUAAUGUUGAAUUCUUACUGCAAGGUACUUUGUACCCAGAUGUUAUCGAAUCUAUUUCUUUCAAAGGUCCUUCCCAAACGAUUAAGACACAUCACAACGUUGGUGGUUUAUUAGAUGACAUGAAAUUGAAACUAAUAGAACCAUUAAGAGAACUAUUUAAAGAUGAAGUCAGACACUUGGGUGAAUUACUAGGUAUUUCUCACGAACUAGUUUGGAGACAUCCUUUCCCAGGUCCAGGUAUCGCUAUCAGAGUGUUAGGUGAAGUCACUAGAGAACAAGUUGAAAUCGCUAGAAAAGCCGAUUUCAUUUACAUUGAAGAAAUCAGAAAGGCUGGUCUAUACGAUAAAAUCUCUCAAGCUUUUGCUUGUUUACUACCAGUCAAGACUGUCGGUGUUCAAGGUGAUAACAGAAUUUACGACCAAGUCAUUGCUCUAAGAGCCAUCGAAACUACAGAUUUCAUGACUGCUGACUGGUUCCCAUUCGAACAUUCUUUCUUAAAAAAGGUCUCUACAAGAAUCGUCAACGAAGUCGAUGGUGUCGCUAGAGUUACCUACGACAUCACUUCUAAGCCACCAGCCACUGUUGAAUGGGAAUAG